AAAAAACAUUCUAAUCGGUGCGAAAGUGGAAACGUCAACAGUUUUUGUCGUUUGGGUAAAUAUGUAAGGACGAUAGAGUUCACAAAAGUUAAUUAACACCUCCUCCAUCGUGGCCGUAUCCAUCGCCGUUUAAUCUCUUCCGUUACGAUUCCAACAAAAAUUAAACCUCAUCACAAACCCAAUCGGCUUUCAUAUGGCAGAGCGUGUGUCUCUCACACUCAACAACACUAUCCUUAAUCCUCAAAACACCAUGUCUUCUCUUCGCAGUGCUUCUUCUUCUUCUCGUCUCCUCUGCUCCUCCUCCAGAUCCAGACUCUCUCUUUCCUCCUCGUCUUCACCUUCGUCUCUCUCAUUCACCCGAUCUCUCGUCUCUUCUCCGCUUCUCUCUCAGAGGAGAUAUCAAGUUGCGUCGGUGAAUCGGAGUUUAAGCUCGGCUUCCGUAACUACUAAAUGUACAGCAGCUACGGAUCCUGAACAGUUGAAAAGUGCUAGAGAAGAUAUCAAAGAGCUUCUCAACACAAAGUUCUGCCAUCCAAUUUUGGUUCGCUUGGGGUGGCAUGAUGCUGGCACGUACAACAAGAACAUCAAGGAGUGGCCUCAGAGAGGUGGAGCUAAUGGGAGUCUGAGAUACGAGAUCGAGCUUAAGCAUGCUGCUAAUGCCGGUCUCGUAAAUGCUUUAAACCUGAUUCAGCACAUCAAAGAAACGUACUCUGGUAUUUCGUAUGCUGACCUUUUCCAAUUGGCCAGUGCUACCGCUAUAGAGGAAGCCGGAGGACCCAAAAUACCAAUGAAAUAUGGAAGAGUUGAUACCUCGGGACCUAAUGAAUGUCCUGAAGAAGGAAGGCUCCCUGAUGCUGGUCCUCCUUCACCCGCUAAUCAUCUAAGAGAAGUUUUUUACAGAAUGGGAUUAGAUGACAAGGACAUAGUUGCAUUAUCUGGUGCUCACACCUUAGGAAGAUCUAGACCAGAACGUAGUGGUUGGGGGAAGCCAGAGACGAAGUACACGAAAGAGGGACCGGGCGAACCAGGAGGACAGUCAUGGACACCAGAGUGGUUGAAGUUUGACAAUUCUUACUUCAAAGAAAUCAAGGAAAAGAGAGAUGAAGAACUCCUUGUCCUGCCCACUGAUGCUGCCAUCUUUGAAGAUCCUUCUUUCAAGGUCUAUGCCGAGAAGUAUGCUGCAGAUCAAGAUGCAUUCUUCAAGGAUUACGCUGAAAGCCAUGCGAAGCUCAGCAAUCUUGGAGCAAAAUUUAAUCCUCCCGAGGGUAUCACUAUCUAAUGGGGACCUGAUAAACUCCUCCAGUCGUCUCUGGUACCUCGAUAAUUUGAAAGAAGAAAAGCAACGAGGAGAUGUUGAAAACAAACGCGUGAGAAAGUUUACGGGGAACUUUUCUUCUGAGUUUUGCUGAUAUCUUUUGGACAAUAUUUCUGUUCAAAGAUUUAUUUUGUUAAAGUCAUGGUUUUGGCUUUUGGGCAUUUUGAUGUUUCUCUUCCAAUAAGCUUCUUGAGCGAUAAACAAGAUCUCUACAAAUUAGUUAAGUAAUAAAUGAUGCCAUAUAUAGUAAAAUCUUUAUAAAUUAAUAAUAUUAAAAUUUUGAAAAUUUA